AUGCUAAGGUUAAUAGAAUAGUUCACCUAGAUUAAUUAAAAUAUCUUAGUGCUUGAUAUAUACUGUGGAACAGGAGCUAUAGGUAUUUGCUUAUCCUAAAAGGCUCGUAAAGUAAUUGGAGUUGAUAUUGUUGAAUAUGAUAUUGAAAAUGUUUAAAACCAACGUCUAGCUAAGCAAUGA